GAGAAUGAAGGACAGACCAGGUGAUAACGGUUAUAAAGAUAUUCUGCCAAAACAUUUUACAAUAAACCAUUCCACUCAAUGACUUCAAGUAGGAGCCUUACAGUUUCCCAGAAGUGUAUUCCAAGAAAAUUGCUAUAAUUUCAAAGAAGCUUGCCUCAAGCGAUAUGUGGUCAUGAAGUUUGCCGUCCACCUUUCAAGGCCAUCGCGAUCCAUUCGUCUGGAUUAAAAAUAAUUCCUUGUAGAAGACCAAGCGUUCAUUUGAUCGGAGUUUUUCCCGCCCAAGAAGAAAAUUAGCAUCAAAGCGAUUGAUAUCGAUGAGGGAGUAACGCUUCUGUUGAGUGCUUAGAAUAGAAGGGAUAAAAAAAUGCCGGUGACAAUGGAAAACAUCUCUGAUGAUGAACAAGAACCUUUAUUUGACCCAGAAGAUGUGGAGAGCAAGACGUUUGAGAAGGACUUGUCAUUUCGGCAAAGACUUCAGAAUUUUGUCGGAGAUAAGCGUAACUUUAAAGCAACUCUGUGUUACUGUGGUGUGUUUAUGGUAUUCGGCAUGUCAGAUGAAGUUCUUGGCCCAACUUUGCUUGAGUUGCGCUGCUUGUCAGGCCAAACCAUCACAAUCAUGAGUUUACUUUUCUUCGUCCAUGACUUGUGCAACGUUUUUGGAUCAACUAGCGGAGGAAUACUUGCCGAUAGGUUUAAUGUCAAUCUUCUAGUGACGAUAGCCCUUGGUAUAAGUGCUGUCUGUAUUAUCCUCAUACCUCUUUGUCGAGUGUUUGCUGCUAUGCUUUUACUUGCUGGUAUUUAUGGAGCAUGUUUUGGUGCAACUGAUACGUUCACAACGUUUCAUCUUCUACGAACUUAUGGCAAGCAGGUUUCGCCGUACUUACAGGCUCUUCAUUUUAGUUACGGCAUCGGAGGUUUUCUUUCUCCUCUCAUUGCACGUCCAUUUCUGCGCGAUAAAUGUGAAUACAUCAUAAACUACACAACAAUAGUCGAUGAAUGGCCGUACGCGAACACUUCGAGUGGCUUAGACAACACUUCAUCUGUCUUCUACUCACAAGAAGCUGUUCCUCGGGAUAUUAACGUGAGGUGGGCUUACUGGAUAGUAGCACUGGCUCACCUUCCAGUCAUUUUUGGUCUUUUGUGGCUUCGUUUCACUGUGAAACUUGAGAAGAUUAAAGGUGAACUAAACAAACAGGAUUUGUCAGUGUACGGCAGUCAAACCAUAACCAAUGCAGGCUAUAAUCAUCAUAUUGUUGCUUUGUACCUCAAUGGUAAAUCACCAUGGUUACGCGUAUUUGGUGAGGAUCAGAAACCACGUGUUAUUGUUGUUACCGUGCUGACGUCAUUAAUCCUGCUUCUGUUCGAUGGACUGAUGGCCACGUUCGGUGCGUACAUUUAUUCAUACGCGACCAGAGGAGCGGUACACAUGAAAUCUGACCAUGCUGCCUACCUCAACUCAUUAUUCUGG